GCCCUGUCAUGGCAAUGCACUUUUCGCCGCGCGUGGCGAUUGUGACGGGCGCUGGAAACGGGCUCGGAAAAGCGUAUGCGUUGUAUUUAAGCAAGCUCGGGGCGAAAGUUGUGGUCAACGACACUGGUGGCGACCGCCAUGGCGUUGGGACACAAACGGGCGCGGCGGACGCCGUCGUGCGUGAAAUCCAGUCCUUGCACGGCAAAGAUGCCGCUGUGCCGAGCUACUCGUCGGUUGAGGAUGGAGACACCGUUGUGCAAGCGGCGCUCGAUGCGUUCGGGCGUGUGGACAUUGUGGUCAAUAAUGCAGGCAUUUUGCGCGACGUGACUCUCAAGAAUAUGACCAAGAACGACUGGGACCUCGUCAUGCGAGUCCACUUGAACGGCACCAUGAGUGUGACGAGGGCGGCUUGGCCCCACAUGCGUGAACAAAAGUACGGUCGCAUCGUGAAUGUGUCGUCUGCGUCCGGCCUGUAUGGAAACAUCGGACAGACCAACUACGCCGCGGCCAAGAUGGGCAUUGCGGGCUUUACAUUCACGGCCGCCAAGGAGGGUAGCCGCAGCAACAUCAAGGUGAACGUCGUCGCCCCGCUCGCCAUGUCUCGAAUGACGGAAACGAUCGAGACCGCGUCGCCACACGUCCUCGAGUGCCUCCGGCCCGAAUUUGUCGCUCCAUUUGUGGGGUAUCUUUGCCACGAAGACUGCGCUGUGUCUGGCCACGUGUACGAAGUCGGGGCCGGAUGGGUGUCAAGGGUCCGAUGGCAACGGAGCAACGGCGUCGUGAUUUCCCCGAACGAGAUGACUCUCGAUGCGAUUGCCGCAAACUUGGACAAGAUUAAUGCGUUCGAGAAAGAAGCGACGUAUCCUCAGAGUUUGCAGGAUUCGAUUCACGCGUGCGAGAAGGCACUCAAGACGUCUCGCUAGACAAGAUGGCUCGCCAUCGCACGAGAGCAACGACUUGCAGGGGAUGAAUGACUGUCAAGUUUAGCUGGAAUACCAUUCCAUUGAAGGAUGGAUCGGUACCUGCACAUAAUGAUGAAUGUGUAACGCAGCGAAACUG